AUGGCGGUGUUGAACGUGUUUUCUCUAGAAAUGAUUGUUAAGACUGUAGAGAAGACGGGCAAGACUUCGUACGCUACCAUCAUAGAGCAUCUAUGUGGUCGUAAGGUGCUGUACGGCUUCCAGAUUGCUAUGGUUGUCUUCUGUUUGGGUAGCAGUGCCUCUUAUUUGGUAACUGUUGUCGAUUCAUUGGCACCAUUGUUCAAUCAGCUCACCAUCGAUGACCCCAAUGCUUGGUAUCAUAUCAUGCUAACCUCGAGGUAUUACUUAUCCCUCAUCAUGUUGGGUAUUGUCAUGUACCCAAUCUGUCUGGUUAAGAGUCUCGGCUCAUUGAGGUACCUCACUAUUGUUAGUAUUCUCGGAAUAUUCUGGUUGGCUAUCGUAGCUCUAUAUCUCCUUGGCUCGAACGGUAUUUCUGAGAACUUCGAUCGUGGUCAUGCCUAUGCCCCUGUCAGCUGGAUCGCCUGCAUCGAGGGUGUCACCACGUACAUCUUCGGGUUCUGCAACCAAGCUAACAUGCCCGAGAUCUACAUGGAGAUGAGCAAUAGAAGCCCAAAGAAGCUGCGUUCGGUCGCUGUCUGGUCUGCCGUUAUUUGCACUGCCGUUUACUUCAUCAUUGCCAUCCCGUUCCUUCUGGUUUUCGGUUCUGAUGCACAGAGCAGUGUCUUGCUUAACAUGGCCGAUUGGAUUCCCCAGGGUGAUGUCGUUGUCAUCAUCGGCUUCAUUUGGACGGGCACCUCAUUCAUUGGCACUUAUCCGUUUAUGGUGUAUCCUGUCCGUGUCGCCCUCAUCAACACCUUCCAACCAAAGCGUGCUGACUUCUGGGGAGUUGUAGUCGUUACCAUCGCUGUCGUCAUUUCUUACCUCAUCGAUAUCGCCUUGCCCGAUGUAUCCAUCCUGAUGGGUAUUGUCGGUGCUAUUGCUGGAUCCAUCCUGUGUUUUAUUGCUCCUGGGUAUUUCUGCAUAUCCAUCUCGAAGAGCAAGAGAUUCUUCGCUGCUGAGAAUUGGUUGUAUGCAGCAUUCGUUAUCCUGGGUUGCAUUACCCUGGUCGGCGGUACCGCGAUAUCGGUUUACCAGAUCCUAGAGUUCGCUGAGUAG